GCUCAAAAAAAUGUUAGAUCCGUGAUAAUUUCAGGGUGGUGGCCCCGCAAAAAUUCAACUGAAAAUAGGAAUCUGCUGGACGCGCGGUACAGGAGCUGCGGUGCACAGAGCCACGGAACCAAUCGUGGUCCACAGGCUCUGGUCUCCGGCAGCUACACCACCUUUGUAUUUACCGGCGAAUAGCAUCGGCGCCGGAGACAACCAGCCGCCGGCGAAAAUGAAAGGUUUAUUCAAAUCAAAGCCUAAAACUCCUGUUGAACUUGUUCGCCAAACACGUGAUCUCCUUAUGUACGCACAGCGUAAUUCUGAUACUCGCGAGAGCAAGCGAGAAGAAAAGAUGAUGGAGUUAGGCAAGUCAAUUCGGGACUUAAAGUCUAUUCUCUAUGGAAAUGGUCAAUCAGAACCUGUCUCUGAGGAUUGUUCUCAGCUGACUCAAGAAUUCUUUAGAGAAAACACACUGCGGCUGCUUAUUAAUUGUGUUCCGAAGUUGAAUUUAGAGGCUCGUAAAGAUGCUACUCAAGUAGUUGCAAAUCUGCAGAGACAGCAGGUUCAAUCACGGUUGAUUGCUUGUGAUUACUUGGAAGCAAACAUUGAUCUGAUGGAUAUAUUAGUAUCAGGGUAUGAAAACACAGAUAUGGCUUUGCAUUAUGGUACAAUGCUGAGGGAAUGCAUUCGGCACCAGAGUGUUGCAAGGUACGUCUUGGAAACAGAGCACAUGAAGAAGUUUUUUGAUUAUAUUCAGCUGCCAAAUUUUGACAUUGCUGCUGAUGCCGCUGCAACUUUCAAGGAACUCUUGACGAGGCACAAAUCAACAGUAGCUGAGUUUCUUUCGAAGAAUUAUGACUGGUUCUUUGCCGAGUAUAACUCAAAACUGCUCGAGUCCAGUAAUUACAUCACCAGAAGGCAAGCUAUCAAGCUGUUGGGAGAUAUACUGCUUGACCGCUCAAAUUCUGCAGUAAUGACGCGUUACGUUAGUUCAAGAGACAACUUAAGGAUCCUUAUGAAUCUUCUCAGGGAGUCAAGCAAGAGUAUCCAGAUAGAAGCAUUCCAUGUUUUCAAGUUAUUUGCUGCAAAUCAGAACAAGCCUCCAGAUAUUGUUAGCAUCCUUGUCGCUAACAGAAGCAAGCUCCUGCGCCUCUUUGCUGAUUUUAAGACUGACAAAGAGGAUGAGCAGUUUGAGGCUGACAAAACGCAGGUUGUCAAAGAAAUUGCAGCCCUUGAAACCAAGGAACUCUCUUGAACUCAGACUAGUUAGUUCCUCAACUGUCAGGUGAUGUUGUAUGUGUAAAUGAAAGACGGUGUUUUCUCACAGAACGAUCUUUUACUGAAUUACUAGUCUUAAUUCUUAAAAUUGCUAUUUAAACUUCACUUUCUUUUUCGUGGUUGUUUGUCAUUUGUUCCCGUUCCGGAUCUUCUUGAUCUAUCCAAGAACUUAUCAGUCUGAUGCUACUAUUUGGAGGGUUUGAUCUAUCCAAGAUCUUCUUGGUCUAUCCCUA